UCCAAGUGAGCACGAUUUUAGUUUUCACUUGUCUUCCAAUCAAAAUACCAUUACAAUUCUCUCCAGGCUUGUAUUUCGGCCUUCUUGCUCCCUUGGAGCUAGUUUAAAAGUUUUUGUGUCUUGCAUUACACGCUUCAGCAUCACUGCAGCAACAAUGAGCAGCGUAAAGAAACCUUUCGAACGACUUCCCGCAAGCGUGCUCCCAAAGAACUACAAACUGACUUUGCAGCCAAGUCUCACAGAAUUCACCUUUACUGGAGAGGAAGUGAUCGAUGUAGAGGUAAAACAAGAAACUGACAAAGUAAUUAUCAACUGUCUGGAUAUAAAUGUCACUUCAGCCAGUUUUUCUUUAGGAGAACAAAGUUACCCAUCUUCUAGUAUCUGUCACCAUUUUGAGGAUGAAACAGUGGAAAUAAGUUUUGCAUCACCACUUCCUUUGGGCCAAGGUGAACUGUGCCUGGACUUCACUGGAGAAUUGAACAAAAAAUUGAAAGGAUUUUACAGAUGUAAAUAUUCAGGGGAGGAUGGUAGUGAGAAGUUCUGUGCUGUCACUCAUUUUGAGCCAACAGGGGCUCGUCGAGCAUUUCCAUGUUGGGAUGAACCAGCCAUUCGUGCUACUUUUGAUAUCACCUUGAUUGUUCCAAAGGACAGAGUGGCUCUAUCAAACAUGAAUGUAAAAGAGGAGAAAGAUCACACAGAAGACACUUCCCUUAAAGUAGUUAAGUAUGCCAGGACACCUGUCAUGUCUACAUACCUUGUGGCUUUUGUUGUUGGGGAGUUUGAUUUUGUGGAAGGAAAAGAUGCAAAUGGUGUAAUCAUCAGAGUUUAUACACCAAAGGGGAAAGCUGUCCAGGGACAGUUUGCUUUAGAGGUUGCUAAGAAGUGCUUGCCUUUUUACAAAGAAUAUUUUGGGAUUGGUUACCUUUUACCAAAGCUUGACCUGAUUGCAAUUCAAGACUUUGUCAUAGGGGCUAUGGAAAACUGGGGUCUGGUCACAUACAGGGAAACCUGCCUGUUGAUAGAUCCAAGUGAUUCUUCUUCAGCAGCUAAACAGUAUGUGGCUUUAGUUGUUGGUCAUGAACUUGCUCAUAUGUGGUUUGGAAAUUUGGUGACAGUGGAAUGGUGGACACACUUGUGGCUUAAAGAAGGGUUUGCUUCAUGGAUUGAGUAUCUCCUGGUUGAUCACUGCUUUCCAGAGUUUGAUGUGUGGACACAGUUCGUGAGCACUGAUUUUGCCAGUGCCUUGAAACUUGAUGCAUUGAAUAACAGUCAUCCAAUUGAGGUUCCAGUAGGCCACCCGGGGGAAAUAGAUGAGAUUUUUGAUACAAUAUGCUACAACAAGGGUGCAUCAGUGAUCAGAAUGUUACAUCAGUAUGUAGGCAAUCAAGAAUUUAGGAAAGGUCUAAAUCACUACCUGAAGACCUUUGAGUACAAUGCUGCUUCCACAGAGGACCUCUGGGCCAGUCUGUCUCAUGCCAGUUCGAAACCUGUAGCUGAUGUCAUGGAAACGUGGACCAAACAAAUGGGAUAUCCUGUGUUGUCCGUUACAGCAGAAAAGAAAGGGGAAGAUGUGGUGGUCACCAUAACACAGACGAAAUUUUCAGCUGAUGGGAAAACUGAAGACUCUUUCCAAUGGAAAGUACCAAUAGCGGUUUGCACUAGUACCAGUCCUUCCGCCGCCGCAGCUGAAACGUUGUUAGAAGACAAUACCUGUACAGUAACAGUCAGUGGAGUUGGAAAAGAUCAGUGGAUUAAGUUAAAUCCAGGCCAAGUCGGUUUUUACCGAGUACAAUACUCCUCCGACAUGUUAGAUCUUCUCCUGCCGGCCAUUAAGGACCACAGUCUUCCAGCAAGGGACAGAUUGGGUCUGCAAAGCGAUCUCUUUGCACUGGCGCAAGCGGGUCUGACGUCUACAACAGAAUUCCUUAAAUUAGCUGAACAAUACAGCAACGAAACAAACUAUACAGUAUGGAAUGACCUAACAACAAACAUGAGCAGCUUGUCCAAGUUGUUACAGAACACUGGGUUCUACUCUAGCUUCCAGGCCUUCUGUAUAAAGCUGUAUGAACAAAUUGCCCAGAAAGUUGGAUGGGACCCAAAAGAUGGUGAAGGUCAUUUGGAUGCGCUGUUGAGGGGCCUGGUACUGGGUUGCAUUGGACGCAGUGGUGAUGAAGCAACUCUCGCCCAGGCGCGCAAGAGAUUUGACGCGCACUGCAAAGGUGAAUCCACCAUUCCGGCAGACUUGAGGUCAGCGGUGUACAGCACAGUUCUUAAACACGGUGAUGAUAUUACCUUAGAGUCUGUGACGAAACUGUUUAAAGAAGCUGAUUUGCAUGAAGAGAAAGUGCGACUUAUGAGGUGUAUGGGAGCUGUGUCACAACCUGAACUUAUCAAGAAAGUGUUAGAGUUCUCAAUGUCGAGUGCGGUUCGGUCACAGGAUACUGUUUUUGUUAUUGCUGGUGUAACCGGCAGUUUAGCAGGGCGCAAACUCGCCUGGCAAUUUGUCCAAGACAAUUGGGACGAGCUGUACACCCGCUAUGCUGGAGGAUUGCUAUUUUCUCGCCUGAUUAAGAUGACCACAGAUUCGUUUGCGACUGAAAAGAGCCUUAAGGAAAUACAGGAUUUCUUUGAUGAGAACUCAGUACCAAACGCCGAGCGAACUGUCCAGCAAUCACUGGAGAACAUACGCCUGAAUAUCACGUGGUUAUCACGUGAUGCGGACAGUGUUAGAGCCUGGCUUCAAGACAAUAGAUACUAAAGGAACUUGCUCGUGUGGAAUUCUUUGAUAAGCACUCCGUACCAAACGCCGAACGAACUGUUCAUCAAUCACUGGAGAACUUACGCCUGAAUAUCACGCGGUUAUCACGUGAUGCGAACUGUGUAGGAGCCUUAAUUGCCUCAAGACAGAGGACAUCAAAGGAGUUUGCUUAUGGCGCAUGAAUAAUGUAAGAUCAUCACCAACCUCCUUUUUUGUGUUUUCUGAUUGCCUCUGCUUUGUUUUUGCUGUUAGUAACCUACCUUUUUUACGAUUUCUUUAUCGUUGAUGUUAGUUUUUGAUUGAAAAAAUUGGGUUGCUUUAUCGUAGCGUCAUAAUGAGAUCAAUUCUUUAAUGGGGAAUAAUAGUUUCUAUCGUAUGCUGAACUGUAAUCUGUAACUAUUAGUGUGUAACAGUUCCAAGGUGAGCUGUUGGGAAUCGCAUCAAUGUUUGAUUGCGGACUUUGUAUUUUUUAAAAACUUUCCUUACAUUCGUGUGUUAAACUUUUAAUCGUAACCUUGGGCAAUUGUAACAACCAGAUGAUAAAACCUACAGCGAUUGUGUGUUGUUUCCAUUUUAUUGAUUUUUCUUGCCUCACAAUAUCCUAACUGAUUCGAGGAAUAGAGUCUAAUAUAAAUCUGUAUCACUGUUCUUUAAAGGCUUAGCAAUUUUAGCGUAAAAUUCUCAAAGCAGCCUACUGUUGUACUUAUAACAUGUUCGUAAUAUUACGAAGUGAGCUCGCUUCAAACUAUCUCACGCGUAUCUCCCCAGUCCUUUAUCGUCCUUUACUAGCUGGCUCUCUCAAUUUCGUGGCAUUAUUAAUGUUCGAUAGUGUUCGUGCGUGCUCCAAAUCGAUUGCUCUUCGGCAUUGUUUAAAGGUUAAUGACGACAGCCAUAAUUCGGGGGGUGAAACCGUAAAUAACUUUGUAAUAUUCUUAUGGUUAAAGCCUUUGCUUCCUCUCGUAACUAGAGAAUACCCAACGGAAGGUUACGUCUUUUGCCGUUGUAGGUUGUGGUUAGGCUCUCGCGUCUUCUACUUAUUCUGUGUGCAUUCUUAACUUAAAUCUGUUGCCAAAAAUGGUCCAAUUUUUUUUAGGCAUAAGUUAGGUGAGCUCAGUGGAUAGAGAUGUAAGGAUCUCAGACUGGCUUUGAACACGUACAUGACAUUCUCGAGUUGCGCGAUGCAAGCCGGUGUCCUAAAACUGGAGGCCCGCGAUAACAAUUGCCGCUGUUUAUUCAAGAUUUGUGAAGAGGCGGAAACGAUUUGGCUUAACGAUCCUUGGUGGUUUUUACAUUUUCCAAUCAGGGAGAAAGGGUUAGCUGCAUAUAUUUAACUUAAUAUAUAAGAAAUCUUCUAUUUUUAGGGUUGCAGUUUUGGAAGAAAAAAUAGCUAUUUUUUUCUUUAAGUUAUAAUAUUUAUUGUGAAUCGUAAGGUAGCGUUCUACAUUGUCGGUAAUGAACAGGAGAGGCCAUCCUUAAACUCUUACGAUCAAUUUAAACUCUUUCUUCCUGCUGUUUUACAUUCUCUU